CCGAUAGGCGUGAGGUGAACGUCGCUGACCGUGAACUGUACUGUGUCGGACUGUGCUAGCCUGCCCUCCUUGCGAAACAGCCAACCACACCGGACCUCGCGAAUUCCUGGUUAAACUCUGAGCACACUCUGCGGUGCGUGUUUGGCACGUCACUAUUGGUUGUAAGACAAUGUGGACCCUCACAGCCACAAAUGUCAUCCAGAAACGGUGGGACUGGCAUCGCGUCUUGGGAAUUUCAGGCUUGUUCUGUGGUCGAACGCGUUGUAGGGAGGAUGACGUAGGUCGGCGACACCCCCUGUGGGGUUUUUGCCCGUCGUUGACGCGCACUAGGAUUCUUCCUGGACCUUACCCCAAGUUCUCGAUUUAUGCCUCUUCGACAGCAAAUUGUUUCUCCUGCCUGCUGGUGGUGGAAGGUUCGCCAUGAAACAAUUUCAGAAGCCAUGCCAUUUCCUCCAUUACCCGUAGCGCGCUUGAGCCAUGCCUGUACCCAUACCAUACCACCUGCGCUGUACAAUUUCACCAUCUCCCAUCAGCUCGUGAUGACACCGUGGCGCCAUCCGCCAUGGCAUCAUGGUUGCCUCAUCCAGCUCGACAGCCAAGUGGCGCGCAGUGCCUCGAAUUUCUCUAUUCAGCGCACCGAAUCCCUUUCUUCAGCGCAGCGCUCUGAUUCUCCUCCAACUCGUCAGGUGUGCGCAUGCGCGCGGUGCUGCUGCGAACAGGGAUGACACUUUCCUCUCAGGGGCGGGAUGAAAUCAGACCGUUCGGCUGCGGCGCAAAGCGAGCGUCGAGCGGGAAGCAGCAGCACACGCAGAGGAAUUGUCCAGCAUGGUCAGUCUUGAGAAGAUAUAAGAGAGGAGCAAGCAUGCAGGGGGGAAACCUGACGAAACCUAACGAGCGCUGGCAUCCAUUCAAGAUCUUGAGUGAAAUUUGUACACGGUGAACUACCCCGUAACACAAGGUCAAGGACCAUUAGGUACACGGCAUAUACACGGCUUUAUUCGGUAGGACUCGAGCUUCCAUUAAGUCAAGGGUUCCCGUAGUCUUCCGUGGCUCCCGUUCAUCUGACGUAUUCAAAUACUUCAAUCUUUGGACUUCAAGCUGACUUCUGAGUCGAGUCAAAAGGGCUCCCUUAGUAUUCAGUCGCUUCGGUACAUCUGACGCGUUAAAAUCUUCGGACUUCAAUUUUUAGUUGGCUAGUUGUGAGGGAAGAAUAUAUUUCUGUUCUCUGGUGGUAACCACAUGGCGUCCGCGCAUCACAGCUUUCGCAGCCUUUCGCUGGACUCGGGGUCGAAGCCCGUUGCCAUGCAGCAGCAGGAGGCGAGUCGCGCCGUGGGUCUCUACGACGACCCCGGCGAGCUCCUUAAUCCGCUCGACCAGGGCGCGUUCUUCAGCGCCGUGGCUGAGGGAAACGUGGAGGGGGUCGUUGCGCUGCUGAAGCAUAGGAAGGUUGACAUUAACGAGUACAACGGGCAGGGAGUUACGGCGCUGUUUGAGGCGGUGUACAACUUCGAGGCGUCACGAAGCGUCAGCAUGGCGAAGCUCCUCAUCGACCACGGAGCCAGGGCCACCAUUAAAGCCCUGGACUCCCCAGCCGCCAGCAAGCUGUCUUACCUGAAGCACGACUCGCCCUCGGGCAGCCCGGGCAGCCCCAGGAGCCCCAGGAGCCUUGCGAGGAGGGAUGAGACGCGGAAGGUCCCUGUGGCCAACAAGACUCCGCUGCUGGUUGCACUGGAGCUCAAGUCCAGCCUGUAUCUGAAGGGCUGGGAUUACCGCCACUGGGACAACAUGCUGGACCUCCUUGCUGACGCAACAGUUGCUGAGCUGGCAGGCCGCCCGUUCCACGGCCCUGGGCCGGCGCAGCUGCCGGCCAUAGCGGACGGCUGGGCGGCGGUUUUCAGCAGCGGGGAGCAUGAGCUGGUGGAGGUGUGGGCGGAGGGGAGGCACUUGGAUGUGCUGAGGAUGCUGCUGGUGGUGAACUCCAAGCGCUUCAAAUUCGAGCUGGAUAAGGCAGCUGCAGUCACCCCAGGGCGGCUGGAGAUCUCAGACGCAUCGUUCAACGUGGUCAAGGCGGUCAUGGAGUUUCUGUACUCAGGCCACGUCAGCAGCGAGUUCAUGGCGCACCGCGGGGUCGACUUGCUGUUGGCUGCGCACAAGUACGAGGUGUUUGCUCUACAGAAGCUCUGUGAGGAGCAGCUCGAGCCUGCACCAGAGAGUUGGAUCAAGAUGCUGGCGGCAGCUCUGCAGUGUGGCUCAGACGCUCUGGUACUGAAGGUGGCAGCAUCCAUCCAUGGGGUCAUGCACUCACGCCACGCCACCCGCCUCUUUGUCAAGCAGCCGUUUUCCGUCUCCAUCCAUCCUGAGGGCGGGCCGGCACAGCUUCCUCUCAUUGAUGAUGCUGACGUGGAGGAGAGGGUCGAGGUCAAAACAUUGUGAGGUCCAUGUGGGGUAGAACUGCGUGUCACCGCCACCCGCCUUUUUCAAGCAGCCGUUUUCCGUCUCCAUCCAUCCCGAGGGCGGGCCGGCACAGCUUCCCUUGAUCGACGAUGCUGACGUGGAGGAUAAGGUUGAGGUGAAGACCUUGUGAGGACCUGGUGCUGAGGUGAGGUCCUUGUGAGCCACCGACCUCUUUCUACGAACAAUGGUUUCCAUGCGGAAGAUAGGAAGGGCUCAGUACAUUUGUGUAGAAUCAUUCAUUUCAAAAUGAAGUUGUAAAUAGCUUGUUAGGGCAUGCCACCCGCUACCAGCUUAUAGCUUUGCCCAAUAGUUUGUAUUGCAUUGGCUUCUUCCCUAUUGUGUUUUUUACAUUAAC